AAAAUCAAAUUAUUAGCCAAUAAUAAUCUUCACUUAUCUUUCUUUCACCAACCCUUUUAUCAAUCUAUAAAAAUCCCAAGUCUUCAUUUAUUUUGCAAAGUCCAAGUCUUCAUUUAUACUCUCCCAGAAAGCAAUCUUCUUGCUUCUUCCCAACUUGACACAUUUUCCAAGAGCAUUCAAAUACGUUUGAAAAAAACCCCUUGAAAUCUUUUCAAAAUCCUCUGGUUGUAGUUUAUAUAAUCCCCUGUUUUCUUCAACCUCCACAUAAAAACUAAAAAAUGGCUGUUGAUCUUUUCACAGAAAACCCUUCUAGUAGAGGAAUGAGUCCCAGGAUUUCAUUCUCCCAUGACCUUAAAAACUCAGAAAUUGUUCCGAUUGAACCUCAUAUCCCGUUAAAAUCAUCGCUUCUCGAUUACGACUUCGAUUUCUGCGUAACUCGACGGAGCGGUGAUCAAGAACCUACAUUAGCCGAUGAAUUAUUUGCAAAUGGGAUAAUUCUCCCAAUCCAAAUCAAGAAAAAGAUCAUACCCACAAUCCUAAAAUCAAAAUCCUUUUCCCCAUCUUCAUCUUCGUCGUCUUCGUCCCCGUAUUCGUCUUUCUUGCCGCCAUUGCGGCCGUCCUCUGUUCUCAGCAGCGGCGAAAGCGAGAAAGAAACAGAGGAGAAACAAGGGAACACCACCACCACCACCAACAACAACAAAUCAACGUUUUGGACGUUCAAGAGAAGCAAGAGUUUGAAUUGUGGGAGCAUUUAUAAAAGAGGAUUAUGUCCAUUGCCUCUUUUAUCGAGGAGUAAAUCGACUGGUUCAACAACAAGUGCUAAAAGGUCAUUGAUUUCAAAGGACGAAAAACAGAGUUCUAAUUUGAAGAAUUCAAAUUCGAAUUCAAACCAUCAAAAACCUCCAUUGAAGAAGAAUUAUGGUGGUUCAUCUUUUAAUUCUGGUUUAAUUCAAGUUAGCCCUGUUCUUAAUGUUCCAACUGGCAAGGUUUUCGGAUUUGGUUCUAUUUUCUCCACCGGCAAAGAUAAGACCAAGAAGAAAUAAUUCCAAAGUUUUUAUUUUAUAUUCUUUUAUUUUUUUUCCCUUUAAACUUUGUGAUUAAACGAUUUUCUAUGUGUUAUCGGUUUUACGGUAGAAUGGGCAAAGAAAUAGUUGGUAGUUUUUCCGGGUUUAAAAUUUAGAUUUGGUAGCAUGUGAUUAGGUGUAGAGAGGGAGGGUAAGGAUGUGAUGAAAUAAGAACAUCCCACAUGGAAUGGAGCACAAAAAGACAGGUAACUAAUUUUGUAAUCCAUUGCUGGAAAUCUUUCUUUACCCUUUUAUUUGCUGUAGUCUUUUGGAUAUUGCAAGGUUGCAACUACAUUGGACUAUUGGAGUAUAUACAAGUUUAGAGAGUGGUUUUUUUUUUA